UAUAGGAUCGUCGGCUUUCUGAUUGGAAUCAAGGAUACACGUGACGGACGGGACCACGAAAAUUCCUCAAUUUCAAUUACUUUUCGAUCGAAAGAUCGCGAAAUCCAUAUCAUUAUUGACAAAUUAAUUCGAGCGAUUUUUAAGGAAAAGUCAACAAAAGAAAAAAAAUAUAAUAUAAGAUAAAACUUAUCGAUAUAGCGAAUUGGUCGAUGACUUUUAAUAGAAAUUGAGAAAGUUGACGAAACUAGCGACAAAUUGAAAGAACAUCUUUUAUGCUUCGAUGAUGAAUAUUAAAUGAAAAAAAUCAAUACUCGUCAGUAUCGAAUUGUGCCGAUGUUCAGGAUGCUUAAUUUCCGAUCAUAUCCUAUAAUAUAUGAUACAUAUAUGUAAUUUCAACACUGAUGAAAUUAAAUCCGCCUGUAAUAAAUCGAAUAUAUAUCUGCCGGCUAAAGAUCGAUUUCCAAAUCAAUAAUAUAUACGCAUAUUUAUAAAUCGCAAUAUUGCGUCAGUAAAAAUAUUGACGAUAACAACAUAAUCGAUGUCAACGUAAUCGAUCCACGAUCCACGAUCCACUGCGUCGUCUCGUAGUCGAUCCUUAAAUCUCGUGGACUCGACUCCAUAUGAUCAAUUGACCAAGUAAAGCCAAGAGAACGUUCCCGAAGAAUACGAACGGCAUGAAGGAUGGCAACCAAUUCUUCGAGCAUUCGUCAGAGUGUGAGAGCAGUCGCCACGACGACUACCGAUCCGCAGCGGAACGAAAAACGCGCCAUCGCGGCGCGGGGUGCCGCCGGCGCUGUGGCCCUGAGCAUCGUAGCUCUGGUCGUGCAAUCGGCAGCCACCGCGACUCCCACCUGGGGAUACUUCACCAAUCCUGACGCUGGUACUGCCGCAGAGAAUGGUUACUUCGGACCAUGGAGACAAUGUAAACUUCUUCUUUACGGACGGGAGUGGUGCGGCCAAAGCAUCUCCAGGUUUCAUCCAGUGUUGGCUGUGUGGGUGGCGGGAUUAGCUGCUGCUGCCGCCUCCGCCCUUUUGGCGAUUCUGGUCGCUUUGGCUGUGCUUCAAUUAGCAAUGGCCUCUUCCGCGAAGCGGGUUGUAAUUUCAUAUAGUACUGCCUUAAUAGGCAAAGUUGCCCUCGCUACAUUGGCAACGGCGCUGUCGAUUGUAGCGGCGAGUCUUUUCGCUCUGCAAACGGAUGAUCGAGCCAAUAGCUUUGUCAUCACGAGAGGAGAAGCUUUCUAUAUGCAGUUGGCUGCCAUCGCUCUGAACUUUGGCGUACUGGUCUCUGCCAUUUACGAGGGUAUUUACGCUCGAAGAGGUGGCGACCCAACCAAGAUUAGGGUCGUCACGGAUCCCCGUGGAACCACUAUAAAUAAUCCAGGAUAUCGGGAAUAUCACCAACCCACGAACGGUGGUACGAUCUCGAUGACAGACGCCAGCGGCAAACCGUACGUCGGCGGGGCCGGAAACGGAUCGACGGCGUCGGUAGCGACUUCCGGUAGCGCGGCUAGCACGGCUUCGCCUCUCAGGAGCUCCCUGAAGAAGCCGAAACCUCUCGGCAUUCAUAAUCCUGGCUUCUCGGCGCACAGCCCGACCCUAUCGAGGAACGGCUCGCAGAAGAAAGUGCGUAUACAGACGCAUUCAACGGAAGUUUAGCCUCUCGAUGCUCUCUUGGCAUGUUGUCGGUUUGCUACGUGAUUGCAGUACCGUUGUCGUUUAAGGCUGCUGCGGAAACAGGAAAUCGGAAUGACGAUGACAAGACGUCUACUCAAAGUAGUUUUCCAUGUGACAUGUGCACGUUCCAUUAACGGUAGGUGGUUUCCAAUAUUCCCUAUCGUUGAUCCGGCAAAAGCACGAUCAAAGAUGAAGUCAUGUCUCACUUUGUCAAACGAUUUGCCGUUCCAUCGCGGUCGAUGACGCAAAACUUCUUUAUCGUUGACUUCGCCCGUAAUUUCGAUAAUGGGACUUUUAAUGAGUUUUGGAGGCACGAUCAUGUCGUUCGCGAGUUUCGUAUAUCGUUACGUAUAUCGUUAACAGAAUGUAUAUAAGCUUAUACGCACGAUCGAUAAUCACUGGAACUCUUCGAAGCUACCUGAAUUAAAUAUCAAACAAAUGCAGAUCAAACGCGCGAUUGAUAGUGACUCGUUAAGUAUUAGGUUUUUCAAUUUUUCCAAUUUUUCUAUAAUAUCUUUACAUGAUGGAUAUUCGUACAUCCAUAGAUAUUCGUAUAGAUUAAUAGAGUAUACGAAUAAACUAUGAAAAUACUGGCGAGAGAAUAAGAUGGACUAAAGUAAAUAUCGAAAAAUAUAUAUAUAUAUAUAU